AUGAGCGAAAUCAAAGUAAAAAAAUUUUUAACCGAAGAACAAGUUGAAUUAGAACGACAACGACGACAAGAAGAUUGGGCAAGAGUAAGAUCAGCAACAGAUCCUGUUGAAGCGCCAGCUGAAGUUUUUGAUAAUCGAUCAUUGUACGACAAAUUGAAAGAACAAAAUGAUACUAAGAAGAAAGAAUAUGAAGACAUGUGGGCUGCAAAAAAUUCUUUUCGUGGCUUAGAUGAAGAUGAAACGUCGUUUUUAGCUCGUAUCGAUCAUAUGAAAGCGGAAAAAGAUCGAGAAGUAAGACGUCUUGAACAACAAGAAAUUGAUGAAUUUAAGAUAUCCUUUUUGCUGUUUGUCUCGCAAGAGGAAGCUUUAAAAAAGCGAGAUUCAACACCGUCAAUUAUAUCAAAACCAAUUCUGAAUACUUCAACAGUAGUACAUAAAUCGGCACAAAAACAAUUGCUAGCCGGUAUAGUUAAGCGAAAAAAUCCAACAGAAACUCCAUCAUCAUCUACAUCUACAAUCGAUUCUUCGAGUAAAAAACGUCCAUAUCCUGAUGAUUCUGAAAAAAUAAGUCCAAAGAAAAAAUCAGUAUUAGAUCAAUCCAGUGCAAUCAGUAAACAGUCAACCGAACCUCCAAAAUCUACAUCGAUAUCACAUUCCUCGGAUGAAAACCAAACAACAGAAAAUCAAAAUGAGAACAAUGGACAAGAAAAGUCUCCAUGCGGUGGGAAUAAUUUAGGUGGCAAUGGAAGUGAUGACUCGGAUGAAGAAGAUGAUGAUGACAAUAAUAAAUCAUCGUCACCGCCAAACGGUACACACGACGGUGGAGAAGAGUCAUUCAAAUUAGUACAAGCUGGCCGUGUGCCACGUUUGUUAAUUCGAGCUGGAUAUCUACCGAGUAUCGAUCAUUAUGAGUCUGACUCAUCCGAUUCAAAUGACAGUGGUGAUGAUACGUUCAUAUCGGGAUGUCAUGGAAGUAACGCUAAAUUAUUACGAAAAAAAUUAACAAAAGCUCUGCAAGAUAUGACGGCAGGCAAUACAGGAGGAGAUGUAGCUGAUGGUUGUGGAGAAUAA